UUUUUAAUAAUCUUAACUACCAGAGAAUCAAAAAACUCUUGACAUUUCAGACUUUUCUUGAUAUUUUUAAUACUUUGUGCACUAUUCAAAAAUCAUUAUAUUUUCUUAUGCUUUCUUUUACUUUAAUAGAAUUUCUUCAAAGGAACUUAAUUUCUCCAGUUUUACGCAUCAAAUAAUUGUUCGUAAAUUCAUUGAAGUCUGAAGAGUUUUAUCCCGUUUUGCAAUGAGUAUGUCGGACAUAUCGACAGAAUCUGAGCUAACCGUAGCCGAAGAGGAAGAAGAUCGUAUAAAUAUCGGACUCUAUAUUGGUGGUCGCAAUGCAGCUGGCCAACGCCAUGGGCGUGGAUGGGCCAUACUUCCCAAUGGGGAUCAAUAUGAUGGGCAAUAUCGUCAGGGAAGGCGUCAUGGCAUCGGUUUGUACGUAUUUAAAGAUGGGUCACGCUAUUACGGCUGCUAUCGUUGUGGACAUCGUUCCGGCCGAGGUAUUUUCAUCUAUCCCGACGGUAGUAUGUAUGAGGGUUGUUGGCGCAAGAAUAUUAAACAUGGCAAAGGGCGCUAUAAGUACGUUAACAAUGAUUGCUACAUGGGCAACUGGUACCGCGGUCUGAGGCACGGAGUCGGUGUCUAUUGCUUUAAGUCCGAAGAAUGCGGCGAGCUACGUUUUAAAGGCACAUGGCGUAUGGGUGUUCGUGUGGGACCAUUUCAAAUAUUUUAUGGUGACGAAGAUCGUUCAACUAUUCUACAUGGAACCUGGGACAAUGAGUACCCACAAGGUCCAGCUGUGUUCACCUUUGAUCAACGUUACAUGCUGAUGGGGUUCUUUCAAACACCUGGUAUGACGUAUAAAGUUAAGAAAAGUGAGGGCGACACUGAAGAGUUCGGUGGCGAAGUCGAAACCGAACGUAAUGAGAAUGGUGUGUACGUCGAUGUAUUACCAUCCCAGUGGUUUGCUCAAGAUAUUUGCUGUUAUGAUUAUGCUCAAUUGCCGCAAGAGCCUGUACCAUUGCCUUUGUCUGAUUCCGAGGUGUCUGUGUGUUCGUUAAGUACAGUGCCGACCGAGUUGACGCUACAGCGUAGCAUUUUAUAUGUUGGUGAAGCAGAAGAAGAGGGAGAGGGUGAGUGCGUGGAGUGCAUACCAUGUGAGGGUGUUAGUGAGAGUGAAAUCGAAACGGAAAGUGAGCGCAUCUGCAGUCAGCAAGCUGAUCCCUGUGCUAUCGAAAUCAUUAGUGAGCCAAAGGAAUGUUAAUAUUCAAAUAGUCACUAAUAUUCCCUGUGAUAUUUUUUUAUUGUUAUUUGGGUAUAACCCUGAUCAAUUAUGUUAUAAAAUUAAAUGUUA